UGUGCACGACGAAAUAAGACCCUGAGAGUAUGAGCCUGGUACCGAGAGUGAGAGCCAUAUGCGUGUACAACAAAAACGACCCUGGGGACUAUGGAGGGUGAUCUCCGCCAAAAUUAAAAGCCAUAUUUUCAAUUGCUAAAGCGCAUUUUGUCCUUUGCAAUGUGCAUUUUGUCUUGAUCAUAUUGCAUUCUGGAAUUUCAUAAUCGGAUUUUGUCCUGUUCAAUUUCCGUUAAAACGCAUUUUGUUAUUGAACAUUCCAUUAUGAUGACGUAACAUUAUUCGUGACUCGCAGAACAUCAAAUUUUACUCGAUCACAUUAUAAUUUAUUUAUAAUUAUUUACCGCCAAAAAUUGUUAAUAUCAAUAAAUUAUACUGUUGCAAUAUGCAAUAACUAUCACGAUCUUUGUCCUUCGAAGCAACUUUAGUAUUCUGUAAAAAAGAAACGAUUUUUUUGGAAUGGGGGAUGAUAAUGGAGCGAAAAAUCGAGAGGCAGCAGCUUUGCUUCGCCGAGCAGCAAAUUUACUGAAUCCAGACUCUUCUGGAUCAGCAAGUCUUAGAUCUUCAUCGACUGCUCAAGAUGGUAAUCUUGCCGAUCAUGGAGCUUCUCAACGUGUCCAAUCGUCAACACUAGACAGUACAUUGCAAGAACAACAUCAGGCUUCGUCAUCUCAAGCUUCAACAUCAAGAUCAUCUUGUUCGAUAAGAGAGCAAGAAUUUAGGCGGUUAUUUGCACCGUAUAAUCGAGCUAACAAUGGAAAGAUGUUUUCUCAUCCACCAGCAAAACGUGGUGGAUCUAAUUCGUGGGGACAACAAGGUCGGUGUUAUAAACCGCAAGAAACUUGGACUCACGAUUUUUUUUGCCUGGCAAACCAUGGGCAAGAUUGUGGGCCUACUAGAAUGGAAAAAAUUAAAUUACAAAAAGCUGGUCUUGGACGUAAACGUAUUUCUUUCCAUAAACAAUACAUUGAUAUAAUUGAGGGGACAACUAGUGGGGCAAAUCUUAAAGAUCUGUUGUCUUUUUGGACUGGGUGUAAUUUACUGCCUGCAAAUGAUGCAAUCCUGCAUCUCAAAGUUGACAGAACAAAAGAUUGUAAUCUGCUGCCAGAAAGUAGAACUUGUUUUCAUUUGUUAGUUCUUCCAUGUUAUGAAAACUUCCAUGAACUGAAAGCUAAACUGGAUAGGGCUUUGCAACUUGGUUCAAGAGGAUUUACCAAUAUUUGAUCUUGGAACAGUUUAUACAUUUCUUUCAGCAAUAACAUAGCUUGUUACAGCUCAUCAAGAUCUAUUUCAUUCAAUGGAAUGUUGGUUUCUGGAACAAUCACUUGUUGCUGAUCUGUUUCAUGACAUGCGUAGUUUUGUGUAAAGGUGGGUGGAAAUUCUUGGUUUACCUUAGUGAAUUGGAACAUUAAAUUAGAUUCUGACUUCAACAUACAUCAAUUAGCUUUGGAUCCAGUCUGAUGAUUAUAAUGUAAAGUGUAGCCUAAAAGUAAAGUCAUGAGUUAUUGCAUAAAAAUAUAAAAAUACCUGCUGUA